AUGCUCGGUGUCCAGGAGCGCGUCGUUAAUUAUGAUGAGGAAGCACAAAGGGCCCAUUCUAGUCCCCUGGGGUACUCAGCACGUGAGUGGCAGGAGGCUGGAAACUUGACCCUGUACGCGACAAUUUCCCGCCAAAUAAGCCAACAUAGCUUUCCCGCCAACAACGGACGAUCAGUAAGCGGUGGACACUGGCGUCGAUUACAGAUGUCCGACGCCAUGGCUCGCUGCGGGGUAUUGGUGCUGAUGGCGGUCUUGCUGAGUGGGUGUUAUCAUCCAGCAGCUUCGGAGAAUGACGUUAGCAGCAAUAUAUGUCAAAAUAUGGGGGGCUUGUGUAGACUUGGGGAAUGCACCAGGUCUCUUGGCAAACAAGACUGCUUAGAGGGGAUUUGCUGCAAGCAGAGGCCACUUAUCAGGAAAAUGAUGACGAAAAAGGCAGAUCGAACCAACAAAGAGAACAAAAAGAAAGAAGAAUCAAACCCUGAAAAAUCUGUCUCGAAGAAGCUGGGGGGAAAAGAGCAAAAGAGCAAAGCCAACAAAGGAGGGUCAAAGCAGCCUAAUGAUAAAGAGUUAAAAAACAAUGACCGGAGGGAGUCCAGAAAGCAAAGGCGAAAGGAAAUGAGAAAAGCUGCUAAAAAUGAAAGACAAAACCGUGAAAAAAUUGACCGUAAAGGAUCUAAAGCAAACUUGAAACAAAAUCCAGAGAAAGGGGGGAAACCUAAAAAUAGCAAUAAGGAGAAAUCUCAUGGAAAAGACACAGAAAAAAACAGAUCCAAGAAAGGGGGAAAAUAUGAAAAACAGGGGACUGAGGAGUCUACCAAAGAAAAACAGAAGGGGAACAAGGCAAAACAAGGCGAUGGUAAAAAGGGAAAACAGAAUCCAAGGCAUGGAAAGCUAAAAACAAAUAGCAAAAAGGAUGGAAAAGGCAUAAUAACACAGACAUGCCAAACCCAGGGUGGUAUAUGCAAAAAUGAAUGUUCUACUGGCAUCAUAAAGGAAGGAAUCUGUAGAAAAAAUAAGAAAUGUUGCAAAAGGAGGGUUUCUAACAAAGAAGCAAGGCAAAACACCGAAAAAAAAUGCAAGAAAAGUGGGGGGAAAUGUAUAAAAUCAACAAAGAAAUGCAGUAAUGUAAUUUCUGAUGCGGUCUGCAAAAACACUGAUAAGAUAUGUUGCAAAACAACUAACCAAUGUCGAGAAAAGGGCUACAAAUGUCGAAAUAAAUGCAAUGGAAUUGUUAAAGACAUUGAAGGGUGUAAAGAAGGUAAACUUUGCUGCAUGUCCACUUGUCAAGGGAAAGGUGGAAAAUGUCGCCUGGAGUCUAAAUGCAAAGGGAAUACGUUAAAGCCUGCAAAAAAAUGCAAAGGUGGGAAAGUGUGCUGCAAAAGGGAAUCUACAUGUAAUGGAUUGGGUGGAAUAUGUCGUGUCGAAUCUAAAUGCACCGAAAAAAUACUUAAUCCUUCAAAAAAAUGCAAGGGUAGCGAAGUCUGUUGUACAAAGAUAGAGACCUGUAAUUCACUGGGUGGAAAGUGCAAAAAGGCCUCUAACUGUGAAGGAAAGGUCUUAGAACCUAGCAAGAAAUGUAAGAAUGAUAAGGUAUGCUGCUCAAUCAGGAAAUGUAAGGAUCGAGGUGGUAAAUGUCGUAAAAAAGAAAAAUGCAACGGUAAAAUUGUCACAGUAAAGGAGCCAUGCAAAGAACCCAAAGUCUGUUGUAUAAAAAAAAAACAGCCAACAUCUACGACUACGCCCAGGCCGGAAACAACUGGGCCAAGCCAAGGAACAACACUGCCCGGACCAGGAACGACGCCGUCCGGACCAGGAACGACGCCGUCCGGACCAGGAACGACGCCGUCCGGACCAGGAACGACGCCGCCCGGACCAGGAACGACGCCGCCCGGACCAGGAACGACGCCGUCCGGACCAGGAACGACGCCUCCCGGACCAGGAACGACGCCGCCCGGACCAGGAACGACGCCGCCCGGACCAGGAACGACGCCGUCCGGACCAGGAACGACGCCGCCCGGACCAGGAACGACGCCGUCCGGACCAGGAACGACGCCGCCCGGACCAGGAACGACGCCUCCCGGACCAGGAACGACGCCGCCCGGACCAGGAACGACUCCACCCGGACCAGGAACGACGCCGUCCGGAUCAGGAACGACGCCUCCCGGACCAGGGACGACGCCGUCCGGACCAGGAACGACGCCGUCCGGACCAGGAACGACGCCUCCCGGACCAGGAACGACUCCGUCCGGACCAGGAACGACGCCUCCCGGACCAGGAACGACUCCGCCCGGACCAGGAACGACGCCGUCCGGACCAGGAACGACGCCGUCCGGACCAGGAACGACGCCGUCCGGACCAGGAACGACGCCUCCCGGACCAGGGACGACUCCGUCCGGACCAGGAACGACGCCUCCCGGACCAGGGACGACUCCGUCCGGACCAGGAACGACGCCUCCCGGACCAGGAACGACGCCGCCUGGAACGACAUCUGGGAAAACACCUACCAACCCUCUCUACUCCAGCUCCAGCUCCUACCACAACUCCAGCUCCUACUACUACUCCAGCUGUUACCACAACUCCAGCUGUUACCACAACUCCAGCUCCAACAACUUCCCCAGCCCCUACUACUACAGAAGAUCCCACCACUACUACUCCAGCUCCUACCACAACUCCAGCACCAACAACUACUCCAGGCCCCACUACUACAGCACCUCCCACUACUACUCCAGCUCCAACAACUUCCCCAGCCCCUACUACUACAGAAGCUCCCACCACUACUACUCCAGCUCCCACCGAAACUCCAGCUCCAACAACUACUCCAGCCCCCACUACUACAGCACCUCCCACUACUACUCCAGCUCCAACAACUACUCCACCCCCUACUACUACAGCACCUCCCACCACUACUACUUCAAAUCCUACCACAACUCCAGCCCCAACAACUUCUCCACCCCCCACUACUACAGUACCUCCCACCACUACUACUCCAGCUCCCACCACAACUCCAGCUCCAACAACUACGCCAGCCCCAACGACUACGGCAGCUCCCACUACUACUCCAGCUCCUACCACAACUCAAGCCCCCACUACUACAGCAGCUCCCACCACUACUCCAGCUCCUACUACUACUACAGCAGCACCCACUACUACAGCUGUUCCCACUACUACUCAGGACCCAGUUCAGGCAUUACGAAGUCGACUUUUGGCUCUGACCACCAAGGAUGAAUCGCUGGAUAAUCUCGACAAUUCACUUGACGAUGCAAAGACUUCUCUGAAUAGUGUUUCUGGCAGUAGCAGAAGAAGAAGAAAGCGAGAGGCAGUUGCUGAUGCAACAGUAGAUACCACCUCCACUGCAGACACCACCACCGUUGCAGACACCACAACUGUAGCGGACACCACCACUGUU